CGUCGGUGGUUUGCCGACCGUCCAAAGGCUCGUGUGACGUACAGGAAAUGUGCACUGGGUCAGCUGGCCGGUGUCCGACCGAUGCUUUUGCAUCGAGCACGACGACGUGCACGGGGACCAAGACGGGAGGCGCAUGCGACGCCCAAGACUUUUGCGAUGGCUGUGGCAACUGUGUCGACCGCUAUCUUUCGUCAUCUACGGUCUGUCGGGCUUCCAAGGGCGUAUGUGACGUCGCAGAGGUUUGCACUGGUCAACGCAGCGAGUGUCCGGAUGAUUCAUUCGCUUGUGCGACCACCAAGUGCUCUGGCACGAGCACCGGCGGCGCGUGUGACAUUCAAGACUACUGCGACGGCAAGGGCAGCUGCGUCGACAUGUAUUUGCCGGCAAUGAGUGUCUGCCGGCCCUCCAACGGCCAAUGUGAUGUCGCCGAAACGUGUACUGGCUCCAGCGGUGCGUGCCCGGUGAAUGCGUUCGCGACGACGACCGUGACGUGCACGGGAUCCUGCAACGGCAACCCAUGCGACGGUGUCGACCACUGCGACGGGAAUGGCAACUGUAUCGACGUGUACCUCCCAUCGUCGACCGUCUGCCGAACGGCGGCUACCGGCUGCGAUAUUGCCGAGACCUGCACCGGCGAGUCGGGCCAAUGCCCAAUCGACAAGUUUGAGCCGACGACGACGACGUGCUCGGGAACGUGCAACGGAAAUCCUUGCGACGCUCAGGAUUACUGUGACGGCAAGGGCAGCUGCGUCGACAAGUAUUUGCCGUCGGGUGCCGUUUGCGGUAACACCAAGGCGGGUCCGUGUACGAUCGCAGCGACGUGCACGGGCGACAUGGGGUUCUGCCCGCCCGAUGAAUACGCCGACUCGUCGGUCACGUGCGCUGGCACGAGCCAAGGUGGCGCCUGCGACGGCAAGGACACCUGCGACGGGGAAGGCAACUGCGUCGAUCGCUUCUUGGGCGGGAAAGUUGUGUGCCAGAAACCCACCGGCUACUCGCGUCCGAUCUACUGCAACGGCAAGAGCGCAACGUGUCCCGUGUCGAGCUUUUUGGAAGGCAACUUGCGCGAGAUGACGGCCGACGACCCGACGCCGGUGCAGUCGAUGCUCGUGGCCGUGGCGCCGUCGUCGCCCAUGGUGCUUCUCGGCCUCGUAUGUGUCGUCGCUGCCGCCGUCGCUUUGGUCGCGAUGCGCCAGCGCCGCGACGACCUCGCGCUGGACGACGCCACGUACAAGCUGCUGGCGACGCACGAAGACGCAUCGGCGGCCUUUUGAAGUCGCGGUGGCGACCUUGCAUACUGUACUACUUGAUGAUAAGCAACAAUACAAUUUGUACUUUUGGCUGCUACAAAACAA